CACUGCAGUAAUUCAUGCAAGAGCGGAGAGAGGCAGCAUGAAGUCCACUUCCAGCUACUUGCACUUGUUCUGUCUAACCGGCCCACUGAAGUGUUUGCAGCCAUGGGGAGAACUCUGAAGUCUGUUUACCUCCUUCCGCUCUUCAUUUUCACUGAUGUAUCGGGCUUAAACAUCCGAAACAAGCUGCUGGGCACAUGCCUUCAAGUGGAGGACAGUUUCCCUGGAGGGAGGGUCUCGCUGGGACAAUGCGACCCACAUUCAGCCUUCCAAGAAUGGCUGUGGCUGCCUGAGAGCCAGGCCCUUAGCAACCAGUACACCGGCGAGUGUCUGACUGCUCCCCGGGAGCAGUUUGAGGGUGUCCACCUGCAACCCUGCCACCUUCAAAACGGAAAGACCCGGGGCCAGUUCACAGCCGCGUCAGAGGUGGAUAGCGACGCAGGUAGCCAACAAUGGUCCUGUUCCAAAAAAGGCCACCUGACUUUGCUCGGUAAGGGGCUGCACCUCAGUGCGACACAAGAUUCCACAUUGGUCUUCCUAUCACAGGAACAUAAACAGCAGGGCAGCAGGUGGAAGACGCUGGACAACCAGACACUGUGUGAUGGGAGGGACACCAAACACUAUCAGCACCAAAACCACCAACCACACCACCACCCUCCAUUGAAAUCAAUGGAACCAAUCCUGUCUGAUAUGGACAGACAAGCAUAUGAAGCUACAUUUAAUGAUGGAGUCACAGAAAAUAUUUCAGUAAAAGACGUAUCAGAUGUUUUUUCCCAAAGCACAAAAUCCCCUGAGGAUCCUACCAUGGUUUUCUUCACUAUGGACUAUGGCAUGAGCUGGAAAAUAACCAUGUUGGUUUUAAGCUCUUUGGCUCUCGUGCUUGGAACUGUCAUUCUUAUUUUCAACGUUUAUUCCAAUAGAAGGAAGAAGGUGGUGUGUGUUUUGAAGUCGUACGCUCCAAGACCGGAGGCGGGCAUUCCGGGGUCCCCCGUGCCCUGCGAGAGAGCCCCGUUAACAGAGCACGCCAUGCGCCACCCGCUCUCCUCCCCUACUAUGCAGAGAGGAGAAAUCCUGAUUGAGUGGAAAGAUGGCACGGUCACUCCAUUGUAUGAAGCCUGAAAUGCAGUCAUCACAGUGAACUGGCAACAGAGGCCGUGGAAAUGUCAUUUUGGGCAAAUUGUAGUUCAGCAUUAACAUUUUUUAUCUUUUUUUUUUAUGCAUUUUUACUGCACUUUUUUACAAUCUGUAAACACGUUUGUUAUGCAAAUGAAGUUUGUACAGCUCUAAGAUUUCAUGUCAAUUGUGUAGAAAAGGAAUUCUAAAGUAUAGCCUAAAUAAAGAAAGGAGUUUCUGUUAGUUCAGCUUUAA